CACACAAGUACUACACAGAGAUGUUGGCACUAGCCAGGGACUUGGGGAGGAAGGACAACGAGAGGCUAGCUUACAACAGACUGGGAGUGGCUUGUAGGGACAUGCAGGGUUAUGUUGCAGCUUUGGAGUGGAACAAGAAGACCCUGAAGAUGAGCAAUGAAAGUGGAGACAAGACUGAACAGAUGACAGCAAAUAACAACAUAGCUGGUUCCUACAAGGCACUGGGUAAACUGGAGCUGGCCAGAUCUCACUAUCAAUCAGCAAUGACCAUCGCCAUGGAGACCGGAAACAAGACUAGACAGAUGGACAUACACUUGGAGCUGGGUGAUUUACACAGGGAACAGCUACAUGAACCACAGGAAUCACACAAGUACUACACAGAGAUGUUGGCACUAGCCAGGGACUUGGGGAGGAAGGACAAGGAGAGGUUAGCUUACAACAGACUGGGACUGGCUUGUAGGGACAUGCAAGAUUAUGAGGCAGCUUUGGAGUGGGACAAGAAUUUCUUAAAGAUGUGCAAUGAAAGUGGAGACAAGACUGUACAGAUAUCAGCACAUAAAAACAUAGCUGUUUCCUACAAGGCACUGGGUAAACUGGACCUGGUCAGAUCUCACUAUCAAUCAGCAAUGACCAUCGCCAUGGAGACAGGAAACAAGACUGAACAGAUGGACAUUUACUGUCAGCUGGGUGAUUUACACAGGGAACAGCUACAUGAACCACAGGAAUCACACAAGUACUACACAGAGAUGUUGGCAAUAGCCAGGGACUUGGGGAGGAAGGGAAAGGAGAGACAAGCUUACAACAGACUGGGACUGGCUUGUGGGGACAUGCAGGAUUAUGAGGCAGCUUUGGAGUGGCAUCAAAAGAACCUGAAGAUGAGCCAAGAAUGUGGAGACAAGACUGGGCAGAUAACAGUACAUCAAAAUAUAGCUGGUUUCUACAGAGCACUGGGUAAACUGGACCUGGCCAACUCUCAUUAUCAAUCAGCAAUGACCAUCGCCAUGGAGACAGGAAACAAGACUGAACAGAUGGACAUUUACUUGGAGCUGGGUGAUUUACACAGGGAACAGCUACAUGAACCACAGGAAUCACACAAGUACUACACAGAGAUGUUGGCACUAGCCAGGGACUUGGGCAGGAAGGAAGACGAGAGACAAGCUUACAAAAGAGUAGGAGCAGCUUGUUGGGACAUGCAGGAUUAUGAGGCUGCUCUGGAGUGGUCCCAGAAGGACCUGAAGAUGAGCCAAGAAAUUGCAGACAAGACUGGAAAGAUGACAGCACAUCAAAACAUAGCUGAUUCCUACAGAGCACUGGGUAAACUGGACCUGGCCAGAUCUCACUAUCAAUCAGCAAUGACCAUCACCAUGGAGAUGGGAAACAAGACUAGACAGAUGGACAUUAACUUGAAGCUGGGUGAUUUACACAGGGAACAGCUACAUGAACCACAGGAAUCACACAAGUACUACACAGAGAUGUUGGCACUAGCCAGGGACUUGGGGAGGAAGAAUGGAGAGAGGCUAGCUUACAACAGACUAGGACUGGCAUCUGAUGACAUGCAGGAUUAUGAGCUUGCUCUGGAGUGGUUUCAGAAAGACCUGAAGAUGAGCCAAGAAAGUGGAGACAAGACUGUACAGAUAACAGUACAUCAAAAUAUAGCUGUUACCUACAAGACACUGGGUAAGCUGGACCUGGCAAGAUCUCACUUUCAAUCAGCAAUGACCAUCGCAAAGGAGACAGGAAACAAACAAAAACAGGAGGAUAUUGCCAAGAAACUGGCUAAUCUGUAACAGCGUAGUGGACUACUAGUAGCCAGGCUACAGUAAGACAUCAUUUACCAUUUACAAUGUAAUUCAAUCAAGCACAAAACAUCUGUACUUCAUUAACAGGCAAAUACUUUGUUUAGCAACAGGUAAACAAAAACAAGUGUUUAUACCUAGUAACUCACAAACUACUUUAAAUAUAAAUUCCAUAAUUUUCUGGUGCUGACAAGGACCUUAAAUU